ACAGCACAGAGAUCCAGCCAUGGCACCUACAAUCACUUCAGAAAUGAUCCACUCUAAGGAGCAUCUGAGUCUGACCAAUAAGCUAAGAAAGCCAGUGGUGGAGAAGUUAUUCAGAGAUCGUAUCAACAACAGCCUUGAGCAGCUCAAGUCUCUCCUGGGUCCAGAGAUCCUCAACCAUCAGUCUGACUCCAAGAUGGAGAAAGCAGGCAUCUUGGCGAUGACAGUUUGCUUCCUGAGACGACAGAAACAGUACCAGUCAGUGAGCUCCUCCUCAUGCUAAGCACCUGUCAAUCAGGGUUACUCCAGGUGUGUCCAAGAGAUUGUGCACUUCCUGUCCAAGGAUGAGGUGAAGACACCAUCUCAGAGAAGACAGCUGAGCCACUUCCAGAGCCUCCAGCCAUCCUUUGAUAAGAACAGGAGGGAGAGUGACCUGCCUCAGCUGAGCUCACCAGUCCAGCACAGCAUCGGUAAAGAGAAGAGUCCCGUCAACAGCGCCCUCUGGAGGCCCUGGUAGAGUCCUGAAGAAGCUGCACUCAGACAAACUUGAUGGACCAUGUUGGUCUAAAGUUAAUGUCAUGGAUGAGAAUAGAUCUUCUUUACCUUCUGUUUAUGUAGGAGUUUUUACAAGUCUUUCUGUGAUUGAGACUUUUCAUUUCAGUUUAACCGCAUUUCUGAAAUCAUAACCUUUAUGUUUUGUGAAACGUGUUAGUUAUGUCGAUCGUGUGUUCAUUCAAGAUCAAAAUAACCUGAAUGAUCUUUCAUAAGGACUUUUGACCCACAAUGUGUAGUUUAUCAUACCUUUUUUUGUCAUUGUCAAUGACUCAUCUGUUUAAAGGUCAAAACGUAUAAGAGAAAACAACUGUUUGUUUUUUUGUUACUGCUACAUUUGUGUAGUGAUAUGGUCAUGUUGACGUUAUAUUGAGCAUCUUCUGUGAAGCCAUUAUCUGUUUGAUAUUGAUCAACCUAAGCUAGAGCAUCACUGAGAAAACUGUUCCCUCUCAUUGUAAGAUCUCUUGUUUAUUUUCAAAAGACAUUAACUGUGUAUCCUAUACUCUGUUAAAGUAUAUUAUGUCUGGAGAUUUAUUGUUGUGAUAUUUAAUCACUUUAUUUCUAUUGAAAUAUUUACCUUAAAUUAAGGUUUUCA